GGGGCACCUUUACACCGAUGGUUACCGUCUCUAAGUCGGCGUCGGAGUCGGUGUUGUCGCCACCGUCAACUGUGGUGGUGUCGCCGCCGUCGGCUGAGGUGGUGUCGCCGCCGUCGGCUGAGGUGGUGUCGUCACCGUCGGCUGAGGUGGUGGUGUCGCCGCCUUCGGCUGAGGUGGUGUCGUCACCGUCGGCUGAGGUGGUGGUGUCGCCGCCAUCAGCUGAGGUGGUGUCGCCGCCGUCGGCUGAGGUGGUGUCGCCGCCGUCGGCUGAGGUGGUGUCGCCGCCGUCGGCUGAGGUGGUGGUGUCGCCGCCGUCGGCUGAGGUGGUGGUGUCGCCGCCGUCGGUUGAGGUGGUGGUGUCGCCGCCGUCGGCUGAGGUGGUGUCGCCGCCGCCGGCUGAGGUGGUGUCGCCGCCGCCGGCUGAGGUGGUGUCGCUGCCGUCGACUGCGGUGGUUUCGCCGCCGUCGACUGCGGUGGUUUCGCCGCCGCCGACUGCGGUGGUUUCGCCGCCGCCGACUGCGGUGGUUUCGCCGCCGCCGACUGCGGUGGUUUCGCCGCCGCCGACUGCAGUGGUUUCGCCCGUUCUGCUCUUAAUGUCCUUCACAGCGUCAUUAACAUUUUCCAAAGACCCGGACACUUAUACGUCUGCCUCCUCGUCAUCCUCCGGAGGGACGGUGAUCCUCACAUCGUACUUGGUUUGUAGCUGCCGCAGACGCCGCUAGCGUUUACCUAUUAUGAGGUACCGGUUUUAGUGGGGCACCUUU